AUUUAGGUUAAGCUAUUUAAUUUAGGCUUCAUUAAUUUUUUAUCUUUUUCGGAAGUAUAUUUUUAUUUGUAGCUUUCCGUAAUAUCAUAUAAUUAUUGGAGAUAUAUAAUUGAAUAUUAUAUUUAGGACUGUCGCAUUAACAGCAGAUGGUUGUACUAAUUAACUGUAUUUGAAAUCUAAUUCAGAAAUGACUGAUUACGAUAAGAAAUUCGAGCAAGAUUUGGAAAGGGCCCAAGCAUUAAGUUUAGAAUCUUUAGCUUUGGAGCAAUUCAAAAAUAAAAGACUGCAAGAACUAAAUAAGCACGUAAAUCACGAACAAAGUAAGAAGGUCCCAUCAGUUACACGAGCUGCGUCUAUGAAUGAAUCUGAUUCCACAUAUGCGAAAAACGAUUGGCAAGUUAGUAAAUCACGCCCUAGACCUGGUUCGACUCUGAGUAACACAUCUAACGCUCUCAUAGCCCCUCCACCAUCUUCGCUUCGUAAAAAUAGCUCAAUGAGUGAUACAGAAGACUUAAUUUCCUUUGCUAGUCCACCUCCAACAAAUAAUUCUAGUACGACAGAUGUUUGUAGUCAAGAGAGUUUUGCAAGUAAUACUCAAGUGAGAGUAAUUGCGAAUCCAUCCUCAGUUUAUCCACAACUUAAUAUGCAGCAGUAUUGGCCACAGAUUCCACAAAUUGUACCCCAAAUGCGUUCAGGGUAUCAGCACACUCCAACAAUGUACCAAACUCAAGUUAAUAUGCCAGGGGUGAUAAAUUUUCCAGAAAAACGUCAAUCACAGAUGAUCAAUGUCUCACAAAUUGGGUUUAGACCUAGCUUGUACCAAUCUGGUCUUGCUCAUAUACCUGGAAACCAUAUUUUCCCAUCAGAGCCACCACCUCCCGCUUUGCCACCAAAAAAUCAGCAAAGACUGCCUCCGCCCGCUACCUCCUUACCUCCGAAAUUGUCCGCGACAUAUUCUAAAGUGUCUAUUAGUUCAGACACGUCGAAGAAUUUUCUAAAGACCGAUUCUAAAUCACAUAAUUUAAUUGACUUAGCACAAGUAGAUGAUAGGAAUAGUGUAAGAGUGAGCAUAUUGCAGGAAUUUGAUCCAAUUUUGUCUGAUUCACAGAGUUAUGGUCGAACAAUGAGCCCAGUAUGCACUGGUGAUGACAGUCAUUCUAUGUGUGGUAGCGUAUAUGAUGAGUAUUACGACUUCGAUUUUAUAUACUCAGGAUCCGGUAGUAAUAGUAUUUAUAACAGUAUUUAUGGUAAUACCAGUAUAUCAGAACCGAUAUACGCUACUGUCAGCAAGGUUGAAAAUAGUUCUUCUCCAGUUCCUCCUCUUCCACCUAGGUCCCGUAUGUCAACUCUCGACAGGAGAUUUUCGAAGAGUUUGCGGAAAAAUUUGCUCGAUGGAAUUGUUAAAAACGAUAACAAAGCCUUCACAUCAGAUCCAGAUUUAAAAGCAUUCCACGAUAUGGUAUAUAAAGUUAGGAACAACUACAAGUAUAAUGAUCCUGAUACAAACAUGGGUCUAGUCAUAAGUCCAAUGGUAAAUUUUAAAUAUAAUGAUGGGCUCAGUAUAAAGCUGCGCGUUCAUCCAGAUUUCGAAGGGGCUGAAUUCAACAAGCCGAUAAGCUUCACUUGUGACGUGACCUCGAGCGUAGAACAUAUAACAAUGCAAUUAGUGUAUGAUCUAGAAGCACCCGCACAUCAGAAUUACACGCUCAAAGUUUGGGGUUUUAAUGAAUAUCUUGUGCCAACUACACUUUUGUCUGAUUAUGAGUAUGUUCAUAAUUGCAUCAAGUUGGACGAGGAUGUCGUAUUGAUACUAAUACCGGACUCCAUGAAAGACAAGUCCUUUGCUAGGACUUUGCAAGAUGAUUACAAUGACAAAGAAGUUACUUUCGAAAAAAUCGUGUCCACCGAAUUGUCUUCAAAUAUUACAUAUGACAGUCUCAAAAUUCUGAUUGAAACUGUGGAAAGUGAAAUAGUCAAACUUGAAGAAGCUGCCGCAAUAUUAGAAAGGAGCAGCAAUAUUUCUCUGCCUCCACCAUUGCAACCAUUGAAAGUAAUUCAAUCAAUUAAAUGUAUUAUAAAUCUUAUGGGGGAUUUGAGUACUUUGGACAUUAUGCAGUCAGUUGAGGUACUGAUGGAAACCUGCAAAAAUUUCGUCCCUUCUAGUAACUCCAGAUUUGCGGAAAUUGUUACUAAUAACUGCAACAAGAUAAGACUUGCUGUCCAGAGCCUCAUUGAAAUGUAUUGCCAAGCAUUUAUGGUCAAUUUUGAAGUUAAAGCUUCAACCCACGGAGAACCCAUAAGAUAUGUAAAUGACGUUAUGGAUUCGGUAAUUGUCAGGAUAUGUGCGAUCAACCGGCCAAGUGGCAAAUGGGAGCACGAAUUGUAUUAUGUAUCGGGUCAAGUGUAUCAUGGUACCCGUAAAAUUGGUCGUCCUUUAUUGACUCAAGCUUGUCCAAAAAUUGAACGAGACAAUUUGUGGCCUUCCAGAAUAGUUUUUGAUAAUUGGUUAGAAUUUGAAGAUGUUCCCAUAAGUAAUCUAGCCAGAGAAUCUCGACUGGUCUUACAGCUAUUUGGUAAAACUUUAGAUACUUCCGAAAACGAAGAUUCCAAAAAUUCCAGUAUGCCCAUAUACAAAGAAGAAGAAAUUGGUUGGACAGCCAUACAAUUCUUUAAUUAUGGGGGAGUAAUGAUUCAGGGAAACCUCUUGUUGUCCAUAUGGCCCGUGGAGUCUGAUCACAUUAAUGAACAUAUCUAUGGCCCAGCGCCCGCAAUAGGGUGUCACCCGAUGCCUGACCACCCUAUGUUGGGUAUAGAGUUAGUUGCACCGCCUAAAGUACACUUCCCCAAAGUCGAUUCUCACUUAUUAAAAAACGUCAUCAAAGGCGAUUUUUAUGGUUUGGAUAAUGAAACGCAGCAACUGCUUAGUGACGCAUGUGAUCAAGAUAUGCUUUACAAAUUUCCUUCCGAAAUUAGAGAAAUUUUAUGGGAGAAACGUCAUCACAUGUACCAUAUGCCAAAAGCGCUACCUAAAGUUUUAUUGGCGGCUCACAGUUGGGCUUAUGUUAAUUUAGUGGACCUGCACGGUAUGUUGCAUGCAUGGAAGAGGUUAGAUCCUACAGAGGCGCUAGAGUUACUAUUACCAGUGUAUCCAGAUAUUGAAGUGAGGAAGAUGGCUGUCAAUUGGAUAAUCACAAAUGAUGAUUUGAUUGAUUACCUACCUCAGUUAACAGUUGCGCUAAGGUAUGAGACAUAUGAGAACUCUGCGCUUGCGCAGUUUCUUUUGCAUAGGGCUCUUAGGUCGCCGCGAUUUUCGCAUUAUUUAUUCUGGUUACUCAGUCACAGUCUGCCUGGAUCACUUCCGCAGAACGGUUAUGCCGAAAAUAAAGACAAUAUCGAAAGCAUAUGUGAAGUAAGGCAUCAUAGAAGAAUGAAAUUACUGUUAAGAGCAUUGUUGGCUGUGUGUGGAGAGUCUUUAAGGAAAUGUUUCAUCUCGCAACAGCUACUUGUGAAGCAAUUAGAUGACUCCGCAGAUAACGUAAAGAAAGCAAAAGACUCGCAAAAGCUUACACAACUGCACCGCGAUUUAGAUCAACUUAAUGUUUACCUAAAUGAAACUCCGACUAGUCUACCCCUUUCCCUCACUUUAAAAGUAAACGGCAUCGACGUAAAAAGUUGUGCCUAUUUUGCUUCCAACACAUUACCGUUGAAAAUUAAUUUCAUAAUGGAAGACAGUUCUGUUUAUCCCGCCAUUUAUAAAGUGGGAGAUGAUCUUCAGCAAGAUGUCCUUACUCUGCAAAUGAUUGAGCUCAUGGAUAAAUUGUGGCUGCAAGAGGGAUUAGAUUUAAAAAUGGUCGCGUUUAAUUGCAUUCCGACUUCUAAAAGGAAAGGUAUGAUUGAGAUGGUAACCAAAGCUGAAACACUAAGGAAAAUCCAAACUGAGCAUGGGCUGACCGGCUCUUUUAAAGACAAACCUAUAGCCGAAUGGCUCGCCAAACACAAUCCAUCAGAAUUGGAGUACGGGAGAGCAGUACAAAAUUUUACUGCGUCUUGUGCUGGAUAUUGCGUAGUUACCUAUGUCAUGGGAAUAUGCGACAGGCACAAUGACAACAUUAUGCUGAAAACUUCGGGCCACCUUUUCCAUAUCGAUUUUGGUAAAUUCCUCGGCGACGCUCAAAUGUUUGGGAACUUUAAAAGGGAUCGGGCGCCUUUUGUUUUAACUUCUGACAUGGCUUACGUCAUUAACGGAGGCGACAGACCCACCGAAAAAUUCCACCAGUUUGUCGAUCUCUGUUGCCAGGCAUUUAACAUUAUAAGAAAUAAUCGAAACAUAUUCUUGUUCCUAAUGACGUGUUCCGGGAUUUGCAGUGUGACUCCCGAGUCGAUUGGUUACAUGCACAAAGCGUUGUUGCCAGAAUUGUCUAAUCCGGAAGCGGCUGCUCAUUUUACCAGACUUAUCGAAGAAUCUUUAAAAACAAAAUUCACACAAUUUAACUUCUUUUUGCACAAUUUGGCACAGAACUUGUCGCAGCUCAAGUUCAGCGCAGAAAACAGUUGCGGGUCAUUGUUGUCUUUUGUGCCUAAGACUUACAGUAUGGCUAUGGAUGGUAGGUUGACCCAGGUUGAAGUGGUCGGCUACCGAAAGAGAUACGAUCCAGACAAGUAUUAUGUGUAUACAUUGCGCAUUUACAGAGAAAAUCAAUUGGAACCGAUGGAAAUACAGCGAACUUACAAGGAAUUUUGCGAGUUGCAUCAAAAACUGUGCAUUUAUUUUCCUCUAGCUAAACUUCACAGCUUGUCGACGGGUCUCCACAUGGGCAGGCAAAAUAUAAAACAGGUGGCACAAAAGCGCUUCCACGAGAUUAGUUUAUUUAUAAAAUCCCUGUUUCUUUGUGCAACAGAGAUUGCCCAUUCGGACCUUGUCUACACUUUUUUCCACCCCUUAUUAAGGGACCAGCAAGAGGACGAGUAUACCCAACAACUCGAAGAUAAAAAAGCUAGCGGGUCCGAGUCCGGAAGGCUUAAAGGUCAAUUAAAAUUGUCGUUACAGUAUAGCAAGGGUGUGUUUUCUGUUAUGGUACACCACGCUCGCGGUUUGCCCAGAUUGAACGGGCAGGAACCGUCAACCUAUGUUAAGGUCUAUUUACAACCAGACAUUCAAAAAUCUACCAAGAGAAAGACAAAAGUUGUCAAAAAGAACUGCCAUCCUUGCUUUAUGGAAAUGCUGGAGUAUCGAAUGGCGUUGGAUAUCGUUAAAUCUAGGACGAUAAAGGCGACGGUGUGGAACUAUGAUCCGCUUCAAGAAAAUGAGUUUAUGGGAGGAGUAGAGCUUGAACUGGCAUCUUUGGACUUAACCACAGAGAUUACGGAAUGGUAUCCGUUAGUCAAUUUGAGUCGAUAGUACGCGUAUUAUUCGUUAAUCGACGUAGACGUCAAUUGCACAAAGAUAUGCAUAUAUUUUCUGCAUAAGUAUAGAUUUUCGUGGCAACCGUUAGCCAAAGCUAAAUUUUUACAUUCCCCUGUCACUAGCAGAACAAUUCAUAAAAUUGCAUUGUCACCAAAAAAAAAAAUUCACCCCAGAAAAUCGAAACUAAUUUUUCUUUCACUGAGUAUGAAAUUUAAUAAAUUAUGUUUGAAUUCGCAAUUCUCCAAAAAAAAAAAAAACGUAAUUUUGACAUAUGACAACAAAAGCACAUAAACAACUGCUAGAGUAUCCUACCAUGUUAAUUCUGCAGCAGGUUAAGGAAUUAUGGUAAUUUACUUGUUUGUUUUUUUUAUGUGUGGUCGAUAUUUUUGUUUACUUUUUGGGUUUGUGGAAGUUGAAUUUUGAUGUCGCAAGUUGUGAGGUUACGUGCUAACAGUAUAUAAACUCAAUUCCCAAAUAAACCUAUUGUUUUGUUAAAUUGAUUUCUGGGGUAAUCUUAAUGUGGCCAGUGAACAGAUUAAGCUAAGAUACCCGACUGAAUGGAAUGAGUGGUGCUGUAGCGUUUUACCAAGCCGGAAUAACGUAGAUAACUUUGAUGCAUUUAUAUCUGGUUGUUGUAUUUUUAGAAUGGUUUUUCAGUGUAUUCACUGAUCUUUUUUAAUAUAUGUUAGUAAAUUAUCGUAAAGCUGAAGGUGUAAUUAAACGAAUUAUUAGUACAAAAUUGAAGUUGAAGUUUGAAACCCUCUGACUCACAACCCUAUCAAAUUAAAGGUAGUCUGAAAACAUUAGAUUUAGAAUAUACUAAUUACCAGAGAUAUACUAGUUACAAAUUUAGCUCCCCUUGUAAAACUAUAUAU